AUGGCUGGCUUCAGCAGCAAGAGCUUGGUCCUGGCUUCCCUCCUGGGGCUCCUGGUGCUGCUCCUAUGUGGCUCCUCCGAAGCACAAAGCAACCAGGAUUGCUGCCUGUCUUAUACCAAAGUGCGUCUGCCUCGGUGGGCCCUGAAGGGUUACACUGAACAGCUCUCCAGUGAAGUCUGCGAUAUCCAUGCAAUCAUUUUCCACACCUACAGUGGAAAGAACGCCUGCGUAAAUCCUAAGGAAGGCUGGGUGAAGAAGCAUCUUCUUUUCCUGAGCCAUAAGCUCAAGAAAAUGUCAAUGUGA